AUGGCCGAAACCAAAGUGUUCCAAGCCGAUCAAGCGCCCGUAGCUGGCGAACCCUGUUCGACGGAGAAGAAUCUGAUAAACUAUGGCGCUCCAAAUGUCCCUUUCUAUACACCAAUUCAAGACCCUCCUGCAGGGACUCCUUGGGACAUCCAACCGGAAGGCUCACUCUUUUCACCCUUGAAGAUUAACGAAACGGUGAUCCACAACCGUAUCAUCGUCUCUCCUAUGUGCCAGUACGUAUCCUUUAUUCCAAUAUACCUCCACCUCGGUAGCUUCGCAGCUCGGGGAGCGGGCUUGAUCCUCACCGAAGCCACUGCUGUUGCUCCUGAAGGGCGCAUCUCACCUCAAGACGUCGGUCUCUGGGAGGAUGGGCACAUUGAGCCACUAAAAAAGAUCGUCGAUUUCGCACAUAGUCAAGGAGUGAAGUUCGGUGUUCAAUUGGCUCAUGCUGGCCGAAAAGCUAGUACAGUUGCUCCGUGGAUUGAUCGUAAGGCCGCGGCGCGCGACUACUCAGAGGGAUGGCCCAAGACAGUCAUAGCCCCAUCUCCCGAAGCUUAUAGCGCGCAGACACUUAUCCCAAAGGAAGUAACAAAAGAGGAUAUUGAGAAGUUCAAGCAGGACUGGGUUGCUGCGGUUCGCCGUGCAUUGAAAGCCGGCGUAGACACCAUAGAAAUCCACGGAGCUCACGGCUACCUUCUCAACGAAUUCCUCUCACCAACCGCCAACAAACGUACCGACGAAUACGGCGGCACCUUCGAGAACCGAGUUCGCCUAUUCCUAGAAAUCGUAGACCUUCUCAAAGCCGAAGUACCCACCAAUUUCCCCGUGCUAGCCCGCAUCCCAGCAACCGACUACUUAGAGUACGACCCCAGCCUACCGCAAUGGGCGCUCUCAGAUGCAAUCGAGCUAGCUAAGCUCCUUGCCGCGCGGGGCGUGCACUUCCUUGAUAUUACCGGUGGCGGCACGGAUGCCCGCCAGCGCAUUACCGCGAGCCCUGGGUACCAAGUUCCGUAUGCGGCUGCCAUCCGGGAGGCUGUCGCGGGUACCGGCACAUUGGUCGGUACUGUAGGUGAGAUCACAUCUGGAAAACAGGCGCAGGGUAUCCUAGAAGCCGGGUCCGCCGAUGCUGUUAUCGUCGGUCGUGCAUUUCUGAAGGAUCCGGAUUUGGUGUGGCAUUGGGCGGAUGAGUUGGAACUGGAUAUUCAUGUCGCGAGUCAAUAUGGUUGGGGUUUCGGAAUGACCAGGACUCAUAGGCAUAAGAGACGCUAG